CCUAACAGACGAACAGAUAGGAGUAAGCAACUCUGAGCCGAUCGAUAAUGGGCCUGCUCCUUUUCAUACCUUGGCCAAGCGCACUCGGAAAUGGCGACAAGAUCGUGGAGGCUACCGCAAGCGAGCGAUCUGAUAUCGAGCCUGAGGGUGUCAAAAUGCUUGGCUGAAAUUAACCGCCUCGGCACUGUGCUUGGCAGAUUGAGGAUGGGGGUGCCUCGACGCAAAUGUUGGGGUCCAUAUGAAUGUUGCUCGGCAGUGUAUUAUUGCCGAGGCACGUCAUAUAUGAAGUGUCUCGUGAGAUACAUCAUUAUGCAACACUUUAUAACUGCAAGCGCACAUGCAACUUUAUCAUGGCGGUGCUCAGAAAAAGCAGCAAUCAAGAAGCCAGUGCAUCAAACAUCAUCUCGGCGGUAUGAGAUGGUGGAGGAUUUGAUUAGGACGCACCUUCUGUGUGCGAUCCCCCCACCUUUGUGUGGAGACGAGCUGGCUCGCUGUGGAGGAGACAUCAACCCUGGAAGAUGGGCUCGCUCCAGCCCCCGAGCGCCUUUGGUCGUGUGCGGGGUUGAUGAGUCCAGAAGGUUUCUACCGAAGCUUGGCUUGGCAUACUCCCCCGCGCCUUGCAGCGUCAAGGUACGCACGUUCCGUCACUGUAACCGUUUGCGAUGCACAUGUCGAACCCCUGAAGCGAGUCGAGGGCAAGAGAGCUUAGGUCAGAUACUUGAGUCUGGCAGACGGUACUCGAGCCGCUGAGUUGCUUUUGAGAGCGCUACUGUGGUACGUCUGAAGAGCUUGAGAAGUUGAGACUUCAAUGCCUAUAAAACUUGAAGCUCUUCUCAAUGGCAAAUGCCAUACUCAGGCCUCCCAACGUCAUUAGCUUCGAGAGUCAAAAUCUCGGCGACCCACUCUUCCAGCCCUCCGUACAUCGUCUGCUGCAGGAUUCUUGCCAUUAAUAAUAUGGGUGGUCCCAAGACCUACGAACUUGGUCUUGAAGCCAUCAAGGGCGGG